AUGACCAACACCAGCAAUUUCAACAUGCGUGAUUAUGACUUUGGAGUGAUGUUCGACGGAGGACUGGCUCUGAAUCUUGGAACGUCCAUGUGCGACCGCAAAAGUUAUGAACAUCUCCAACAACAAGGCAACAGCAACUACCAGUUGGUAACCACUUCCAACAAGUCAGCAGCUCGAAGCUUUCUAAGCAGUACCAAUGUGGCGGUGUUUGACUUCUGCGCUCACCCGUACAACAAGGAUACAGAUGCCACGCGCAGAUUGGGAUUCGCCACUAAGUGGAGCUGUGUUCGCAGUUCGGCGAACCCCACAACAGUACGGAAGACGACAACCACAAAACGUAUGACCACGAAGAGUACCACCACUAAGCCCAUGAUCCCUCGACCAAUCCCCGUCCCAGCCAAACCCAAACCCCCAGUGGCGCCGGUUAACACCGGUUGUGGUAUUCCGAUUAACUCAGACGAUCGACCGGCCUCCAAGUUUCAGCGCAUUAUCGGCGGCGUGACGCCCGCACCCAGCGCCUGGCCGUGGGCGGCUGCUCUGGUUUUUCAGAAUGGACAGAAUGAACAGCAGGGCUGCGGCGCCAGUGUGCUCAACAGUCAGUGGGUGGUCACCGCCGCGCAUUGCGUUAAAUUAGGUGUCCCGGAAGAUGUGUAUCUGAAAGGCAUGAAGGUUUAUUACGGCAACCAAAAUUUGUUGAAAGUUCCUGCAAGUCAGAAAGCCAGCAUCGUCCGCGCUAUUGUCCAUCCAGAUUACACUAAGGCAGCCGGGGGUAAUGUCAAUGAUGUUGCACUGAUUAAGUUAACAGCACCCAUACCGGAUUUCCCUAAUUCCAUGGUAUCGCCUAUAUGUCUGCCAAGUGAUGCAAUCGGGACUUUCAAAGCGCAGUCAUAUGGUGCCAAGGGCCGACCGAUUGCUUAUGUGGCCGGGUGGGGAUUACUAAAACACGGACACGAUAGAGGUGACGCAACGAUUGGAGGCGGCACUGACCAGCUCCUGCAGACCAAUAUAGAAAUAUUUAGCAACAACGAAUGCCACGAGGCUUUGGACCUGCCGACUGGGCGAUUCCCUGACACUGCGAUCUGUGGAGGCUUGGAUCAAGGUGGGCGGGACGCUUGUAAAGGAGAUUCUGGAGGGCCCCUCGUGAUGGCCGAGCCACCCAGUUACAACAGAUACUCGCUGUUUGGAAUUUCAUCGUUUGGUUACGGCUGUGGCGAGGCCGGUGUGCCAGGAGCGUACUCGGAUGUUUUCAAAUUGAAAAAAUGGAUAACCGACACAAUGGCCUCAAAUUAGGGAAUUUAUGAAAGCUGCAGUCUGCAGAGCCUACUGCGCAAAGA